UGAAAUUGCAAAUGCCGUUAGGGCAUAACAGUCCGGUGAGGCGCCGAUGAUGCUCCUUUGCUUAAGGUUCUUGGAGAGAUCGGCAAUAAUGGCAGACCGGGCGCUCAUAGAGAGAAACGGUGAAGGUGGCGAACCGGACGGCGCACAGGAACGACUGCAUGUCCAGCCAGAGAGCUCUGCUGGAGAUCCUCACGCCCUUUGAUAGAGCUUUCAGAUGCGUCAUUGUAGGGUUUCGCCGCGGACGGCGGAGAUACGGCGGCGGCAGUGGAGAUCUAAAGGGCAACUCUAGAGUGAGAGAGACGGAUUGUGAUGGGUAAUUUUAGAGAGAGAUUUAGACUCGGUUAACAAGUUAAAGCAGGCUCAGUCUACAUUUUUUUUUAAUAAUAUUAUAUUCUACUAUUCAGACGUGUUGAAAUUUGCUUGCCAAUUGUUGACCUAAAAAUGGGACAAACGUCCAAAACAGAGCGAGUUUAUAGGCUCGUUCAGACAGAAAGAGAGAGUCAUACUCAUACGGUGGUGGUGGGUUGGUUAGUUUGAAGAAGAACAAACGAACAGAGUACAGUGAGUCGGUAGUAAUGGAGGCGGAGAAGAAGAGCUCAGUGAUGGUACUACUACACAAUGCCUUCAUCGUCACUAUGGACCCCCAAAGCCGAGUGUUCCGAAACGGCGGUAUCGUAAUUGAAAACGAUGAAAUCAAAGCCAUCGAUCAAUCCUCUCACAUCCUCCACCAUUUCUCUGCUCUCGAACACCAAAUCAUCGACCUCCAUGGCCAAAUCCUACUCCCUGGGUUCAUCAACACACACGUUCAUACUUCUCAACAGCUCGCUAGAGGGAUAGCUGAUGACGUUGAUUUGAUAACUUGGUUGCACCAUCGCAUUUGGCCUUACGAGUCCAACAUGACCGAGGAAGAUUCAUACAUCUCCACUUUGCUUUGUGCAAUCGAACUCAUACACUCUGGUGUGACCUGCUUUGCAGAAGCAGGAGGACAGCAUGUAUCAGGAAUGGCGAGGGCAGUGGAGUUACUGGGCUUGCGUGCUUGUUUAACACAGUCAACUAUGGACUUCGGGGAGGGUUUACCGACAUCUUGGACGAAAUUGACUACCCAUGAUUGUAUUCAGUCUCAAAAGGAACUUUACAAGAAACACCACGAUACAGCAGAUGGACGCAUCAGAAUAUGGCUUGGAAUCAGGCAAAUUAUGAAUUCAACUGAUCGUUUACUGCUUGAAACAAGAGAGACAGCGGAAGAGCUGAAAACUGGGAUCCACAUGCACGUUGCAGAGAUACCUUAUGAGAAUGAAGUUGUGAUGGAUUCUCGAAAAGUUGAUCAUGGAACUGUUUCAUAUUUGGAGAAAAUCAAGCUCCUGCGGGGUAAUUUGCUAGCAGCUCAUACUGUAUGGGUCAACAAAACUGAGAUUGGUUUCCUUUCAAGGGCUGGUGUUAAAGUAUCUCAUUGUCCUGCUGCUGCUAUGCGUAUGCUUGGAUUUGCCCCUGUAAAAGAAAUGAUUGAGGCUGGUAUUUGUGUGUCCUUGGGAACAGAUGGUGCACCAUCGAAUAAUAGAAUGAGCAUUGUUGAUGAGAUGUACCUAGCUUCUCUGAUCAACAAAGGAAGGGAAGCUUGUGUGAAAGGAACAACUGAUCCUACAGUUCUUCCUGCUGAAACAAUUCUGAAAAUGGUGACAGUAAAUGGUGCAAAAUCAGUACUCUGGGACAAUGAAAUAGGGUCACUUGAGGUUGGGAAAAAGGCUGACAUGAUUGUUGUCAAUCCUUUCUCCUGGUCUAUGGUUCCUCUGCACGACUGCAUCUCUAGCCUUGUAUAUUGCAUGCGAACUGAAAAUAUCGUCUCUGUAAUGUGCAAUGGUCGUUGGAUUAUGAAGGAUCAGAAAAUCUUGAAUGUGGAUGAGGAAAAAAUAAUUUUGAUGGCAAAGCAUGCUUCAAGUGCACUUUUGAAAAGGGCAGGCAUCAUGAUUCCGAACAGAAUGAAUGUGCUUUGAUAUUUCUAUCCUUUCUUUUCCUUUCCUCCCAGCGAAACCAUACGCAUUGCGUAAAUGAAAUGACCAGAUUAAGUGCGGACGUUGUUCUUGAUGGUAAAAGAGCUUUUAUGAGUACAACAGUCAUAAAAUUGUUGCAAGUAAAAUUAUUAUUGUGAUGCAUUCUAUAAAGCACUUUUUGUAGGUAAAACACUUUUAUUGUUGUUUGGUAGUAGUAUUGCUUAUAAUACUAAUUUUACUAUAUUACCAAUACACUAAUAGUCAAAUAAACUUACCCAAAUUUUAAUUAUUUUCA